AUGAAGCAGCUCUUCCUCCUCUUCCUCCUUGGGCUCAUCGCCAGCUCCUUGCAGAUCGAAGACAACAAGAUCCCUGGGCUGUGCUCAGGGCAGCCAGGCAUCCCAGGGACCCCAGGCCUGCAUGGGGGCCAGGGUCUGCCGGGCAGAGACGGACGAGACGGCCGGGACGGGGCAAUGGGGAUGCCAGGGGAGAAGGGCGAGAUGGGUCCUCCUGGAGUGCCUGGUCCCCGUGGGGAGGUGGGCAGCCCCGGCGUGGAUGGCAUGCACGGUGAGAAAGGGGCACAGGGAGAGUGCGCGGUGGCCCCCCGCUCA